CGCCGCACACCGACUGCGAGCAGCUUGCACUCGACCAUGGCCAUCUUCAGCUCGACACCACGUCGACGAGCUCUUUUGCUCCUCGCAGCCGCAGCGAGCCUUGUAAUAGGGACAACAGUAGUUGCGGACACGGCAAAGGCACCGCUUGCCGUCCUGGACACGGAAAUCUAUGACUGUUCACCGAUUCAGCAGCUCAACACCCUCAAGCGUGAGCUGGAGGAAGCGCAGUCACCCAUAAUGCGCCAGGUGUUUGCAUGGCUCUUUCCCUUCGGCCCUGGCUGGAACUCCGUCCUUGGAACUUUCUACAUCAGCUCGGUGCCGAACUUCAUCCUGGCAUUCAUCCCGGCACAGAUCAACCCCAAUACCUUGAAUACGAUGACGGCGUUUGCGACUGGGGGACUUCUCUCCGACGUCUUCCUGCAUCUUGUGCCUCACGCAUUCAUGGGCGAGCACCAGGACGGGGGUAUCCACUUUGUCAUGGUCGAGGAGAAGCGCAACAUUCUCAUCGGACUGGGCAUCUUCGUGGGCUUCGCGUCGUUCUUUUUGAUGGAAAAGACGCUCCGCGUUCUGGGCAGCGAAAACGGGGACGCCGGACAUUCUCACAGUCACGUCCACGGCGAGAAGUCAGCGAAGGACGCCGCCCAAGCGUCUGGCGUAUCACUGGCCGCUUCGACCGGCGAGAUUCGGUCUCGCGGCUCGGACAAGUCAGACACGUUGGCAGCCGGCUCACCAUCCGCGCACGAGGAGGAGAAAGCGGCGAAGCAGACGUCCAGGUUAUCAGCCUAUCUAAACCUUUUUGGCGACUUCGUGCACAACAUAAUGGCUGCAUCAUUUUACUCGUCGCCCUUGAUCGGCGCCACCACCACUUUGGCAUGUUUCGCACAUGAAAUUCCCCAUGAAAUUGCCGACUAUUCUAUCCUAGUACGCAGUGGUUUCACUAAAAAGCAAGCAAUGCAGUCGCAAUUUCUGACUGCUAUUGGAGCAUUUGUCGGCACGUUUAUGGGUAUCGGCAUCCGCAACUUGUCAGCGUCCGGGAGCGCGGCGCACGAGGUGACAGAUCUCGCAGCAGCCAUACGGCAGGCUGCCGCGGGGCUUCUGGGGACAACGGUCCAACUAGCAGACCUGGUGAUCCCGUUUGUGGCUGGUGGAUUCAUGUACAUUGGCGCUGUCGCAGUGUUGCCCACAUUGCUGGAAGAAAGCUCUAGCGGAAAGCAGGCCUUGCGGGAGUUCGCAGCGAUGGCGUUCGGUGUCCUCUGCAUGUUCCUGGUCGCAUGGAACGAGUAGAGAAAGGACGGCACGCCAUGCGCCGGAUGUUUCAAGCUUGGCCGAUGCGGGAGUUGAGAGCCUGUUGUAUACCCGGAGCUAGUGCACGUAGUUUGCCGUCGGGCGGUGUAGAAUUUAUGAAUACAAUGGCGCUUGGAUCUGCGCGUCAGGGUGUGCCGU